CUAAUACCCCAAAAUGAGAGCAUAUCAAAACAGACAUGGAAAAUGCUCCCUCAACUACCUCACCCAAAAAGUCAUAGUUGACUUAGACUCCCCUCGACAAGAAGCCGAGGAAGAAAGUUCUUCAGAACCCAAAGAAUCUGACCUAGAACAAAAAGUUGAUGAAGAAGAAAUUUUGUUAGGAAGGAAGAAGAGUGGGCACGUUGAGAGCAGAGGGACAGUGGGCAGGAAGAAGAGGGUCAGUAGGGAAGAGACUGGGGUGGGGAAAUCUUGUGUGGAGAUGUCGAAGAGAUUUAAGGAGAUUAGUAGAGGGGUGGAUUGUGUGAUGAGGAGAAGGAGGAAGAGGCAUAGGGAUUUACAGGUGAGAUAUCAGGAGAAAGCUAAGGAAUUUGAGAAUGCAGUGCAUUUUUCGAGUAUGCUGACUAAAACUAUUCAAAAUGAGGUUGUAUCGAGUAUUGAUAAGAAUGAAAUUGAUGAAAUAAAACCUACUUUCAUUGAUAAAGGAGAACGUAUAAAAUUUAGGCAAAGAUCAGGAUCUAGCAGUAUCUUAUCCAGAACAUGUAAGAGUAGCCAGAGAGAAGAACAACCUAUUCUUUGGGGAAAGUUUAUUCAGAAUAAUAAAUGGUAUAAAGAUGAGUACAACCAUUACAGUCAGAAAUAUAGUCAGGAUGGCUUUAACAUAAAAUAAGGUGAAGGUAUUCCUCAAUGAGGAUAAACAACCAGAUAACUACUUCUCACUGAACAGCAGUCCUAAACGGGUAACUCUUCAGUCCAGAGGGAACAGAUUUGAGAAGAAGGAUAAGACCAACCUAAAGUAUUUCACUUCUAGGCUCACUGAAGUUCCUGGCCCAGUAAAUCGGAAUAUGAGAAGAGUAUUUGAUAAAAGAUCUAACGAGGCUAUAAACAAGACUUAUGAUGAAAAGUUAUAUGGGAAUGUGUACCAAAUUGAUGGGAGCACCAAAAAGAUUACCAGCCCGGAACGUUUUCCUAGUUGGAGAAGAGAGAUCCAGCCUAAUAUAUCAUGAACUUCUGAGAAGAAAUAUUCCAAUCAAGGUAGGGUCAGGGAUUUUCAUUCAAGCGAAAGGAUCACCCACCGGCAGUAGCUUUCGAACAUUUUUAUUAAAAUUCAAUGUGAACAUGAAA